UUGCAGUUAUAGAAGAUAGACACCCAGGAGAUUUUGCCUUUCGCCAUGGCUCAGUUUGGAGGACAGAAGAAUCCCCCUUGGGCUACUCAGUUUACAGCCACUGCAGUAUCUCAGCCAGCUGCUCUUGGUGUACAGCAGCCAUCGCUGCUUGGAGCCUCUCCUACAAUAUACACCCAGCAGACGGCACUCGCAGCGGCAGGCCUAACUACACAAACACCAACGAACUAUCAGCUAACUCAGACAGCUGCUUUACAGCAGCAAGCUGCAGCUGCAGCAGCUGCGUUACAGCAGCAAUAUUCACAACCUCAGCAGACUCUCUAUAGUGUACAGCAACAGUUGCAGCAACCUCAGCAGACCCUUUUAACUCAGCCAGCUGUUGCACUACCUACCAGUCUUAGCCUGUCUACUCCUCAACCGGCAGCCCAGAUAACUGUUUCUUAUCCAGCACCCCGGUCAAGUCAACAGCAAACCCAACCACAAAAGCAGCGUGUCUUCACAGGGGUAGUUACUAAACUGCAUGAUACAUUUGGUUUUGUGGAUGAAGAUGUCUUUUUUCAGCUUAGUGCUGUUAAAGGAAAGACACCUCAGGUGGGUGACAGAGUUUUGGUAGAAGCUACUUACAAUCCUAAUAUGCCAUUCAAAUGGAAUGCACAAAGGAUCCAGACACUUCCAAAUCAGAACCAGACGCAAGCUCAGCCGUUACUGAAGACACCUCCGGCAGUUCUUCAGCCCAUUGCACAGCAGACUGCAUUCAGUGUUCAGGCACAGCCGCAGCCUCAGUCCUUGUUGCAGGCACAGAUAUCAGCAGCUUCAAUCACACCUUUGCUUCAGACACAGCCUCAGCCAUUACUGCAGCAGCCACAGCAAAAAGGUGGUUUGUUACAGCCCCCUGUUCGUCUAGUUUCACAGCCUCAACCAGCUCGAAGAUUAGACCCACCAUCCAGAUUUUCUGGGAGGAAUGACAGAGGAGGAGACCCUAUGCCAAACCGAAAAGAUGACAGGAGUCGUGAAAGAGAACGAGAGAGACGUAGGUCCCGGGAAAGAUCACCCCAGAGAAAACGGUCCAGAGAGAGAUCACCUAGACGAGAGAGAGAGAGGUCGCCUCGAAGACCGCGACGUGUUGUUCCACGUUACACGGUUCAGUUCUCCAAGUUUUCAUUGGACUGCCGUAGCUGUGAUAUGAUGGAGCUGAGGAGGCGUUACCAGAACUUGUAUAUCCCAAGCGAUUUCUUUGAUGCUCAAUUUACAUGGGUGGAUGCUUUUCCUAUGUCUAGACCAUUUCAGCUGGGAAACUACUGUAAUUUCUACGUAAUGCAUAGAGAAGUAGAUCCUAUAGACAAAAACGCUGCUGUCCUUGACCCACCCGAUGCUGAUCAUCUGUACAGUGCAAAGGUGAUGUUGAUGGCUAGUCCUAGUAUGGAAGAUCUCUAUCACAAGUCAUGCGCUCUGGCUGAAGAUCCCCAAGAACUUCGUGACGGAUUUCAGCAUCCUGCUAGACUUGUAAAGUUUUUAGUGGGUAUGAAAGGCAAAGAUGAAGCCAUGGCUAUUGGAGGACACUGGUCCCCAUCACUGGAUGGACCUGAUCCAGAAAAGGACCCUUCCGUGCUGAUAAAGACGGCUAUUCGUUGUUGCAAGGCUCUUACAGGGAUUGACUUAAGUGUGUGCACACAAUGGUACCGUUUUGCAGAGAUUCGCUACCAUCGCCCUGAGGAGACCCACAAGGGGCGUACAGUUCCAGCUCAUGUGGAGACAGUGGUUUUAUUUUUCCCGGAUGUUUGGCAUUGCCUUCCCACCCGCUCAGAGUGGGAAACCCUCUCCCGAGGAUACAAGCAGCAGCUGGUCGAGAAGCUUCAGGGUGAACGCAAGGAGGCUGAUGGAGAACAGGAUGAAGAGGAAAAGGAUGAUGGGGAAGCUAAAGAGAUCUCUACACCUACGCACUGGUCUAAACUGGAUCCAAAGACAAUGAAGGUAAAUGACCUUCGCAAAGAAUUAGAAAGUCGAACCCUUAGCUCUAAAGGACUGAAAUCUCAGUUGAUAGCUCGACUGACAAAGCAGCUGAAAGUAGAGGAGCAAAAAGAAGAGCAAAAGGAGCUAGAGAAGUCUGAGAAAGAAGAGGAAGAGGAGGAGGAUAGGAAAUCUGAAGAUGACAAAGAGGAAGAGGAAAGAAAACGUCAAGAAGAAAUGGAACGUCAGAGGCGGGAGAGACGAUACAUCUUGCCUGAUGAACCAGCAAUCAUUGUACAUCCUAACUGGGCAGCAAAGAGUGGAAAGUUUGACUGUAGCAUUAUGUCUCUUAGUGUUCUUCUGGACUAUAGAUUAGAAGAUAAUAAAGAACAUUCCUUUGAGGUAUCAUUGUUUGCAGAGCUCUUCAAUGAAAUGCUUCAGAGAGAUUUUGGUGUCAGAAUUUACAAAGCACUGAUUUCUCUCCCAGAGAGGGAGGACAAAAAAGACAAAAAAAGCAAAAAAGAUGAGAGAAAAGAAAAAAAAGAAGAAAAAGAUGAUGAAACAGAUGAUCCAAAACCGAAGAGGAGAAAAUCUGGAGAUGAUAAAGACAAAAAAGAAGAUAGAGAGGAAAAGAAGAGGGAAGAUAAAAGGAAAGAUGAUUCUAAAGACGAAGAAGAAACUGAAGAUGACAAUAAUCAAGAAGAAUAUGACCCGAUGGAGGCAGAAGAUGCUGAAGAUGAAGAUGAAGACCGGGAUGAAGAAGAAAUGAACAAACGGGAGGACAGAAGAGAGGGAAAUAGGCAUUGUAAAGAGAGGUCGUCUAAAGAUAAAGAGAAAGACAAGACGCAGAUGGUAACUGUGAAUAGGGAUCUUCUGAUGGCUUUCGUUUAUUUUGAUCAAAGUCAUUGUGGGUAUCUUCUGGAGAAGGACAUGGAGGAGAUACUGUACACUCUUGGACUACACCUGUCACGAGCUCAGGUCAAGAAGCUACUUAAUAAAGUCGUGCUUAGAGAAUCUUGCUUUUACAGAAGACUAACAGAUACUUCUAAAGAUGAAGAAAAUCAAGAAGAGUCUGAAGAGCUACAGGAAGAUAUGUUAGGAAACAGAUUACUGUUACCAUCGCCUACUAUAAAGCAAGAAUCAAAAGCCAUAGAAGAAAAUGUCGGCCUCAUUGUGUACAAUGGAGCUAUGGUGGAUGUUGGGAGCCUUUUACAGAAGCUGGAGAAGAGUGAAAGAGUGCGGGCAGAGAUAGAACAAAAGCUUCAGUUACUAGAAGAAAAAACAGAUGAGGAUGAAAAGACCAUACUACAAUUGGAGAAUUCUAACAAAAGUCUAUCUACGGAGCUCAAAGAAGUGAAAAAGGACCUUGGCCAACUGCAAGAAAAUUUGAAGAUUUCGGAUGAUAAAAAAUUGCAAUUUGAGGUUCAGCUGAAUAAGACAAUCAAAAAUUUAGCUACUGUUAUGGAUGAAAUACAGAGUGUUCUUAAACAGGAUAUUGUGAAGAAUGAAGAUAAAGAUCAGAAAUCCAAAGAAAAUGGAGCAAACGUAUGAUAAAACUGCUGCUGUUUAGAAGAAUGGUGUUACAUAAUGUAAUAUAAAUCAUGAUACCAGAAUGUAUGGGAAGUGAUGCAUGUUUGAUUUUAGUAGUAUAAAUAUCUUAGUUCCAAAAGAUGUAUAAAGUUUUAUGAAUGUGAGUGUCAGCUUCUGAAGAUUGCUUGUAAUUCUUAGCAUUCAAUUUGAGACACUCCUCGAGUGAAAAUAAUUUUGCAUUGCAAAAUGUUUUAGGAUGAACUUUGUUACAGUUUUAACCCUAACAAAGUUCAUCAACGUAA